AUGCAGACGGAAGAGCAUAAAAAGAAAGACGAGGAAAGCAAAAAGAAUAGUCUCGCGGGAUUACGAUGCUGCAAAUGUAAAAAGUUUAAUGUAUGGCGCAUUAAGCUAAGACAGUGUGGACAUUUUGUAUGCAUUGAAUGCAUUCUCGAACAUCUAAAGUACUGGAUUGAGGAAGAAAAUAAAGCACGAAUUAAAUGCGUAAAGAGGACAUGCCCGAAGCGCAUCCAUGAAAAUGAUAUUGACGCCGUGUUUGAUCCUGAAAAUAGCGAUUUGGAGAUUUUUAUGAAAAGAUCAAAACGCGAAUAUUUAUUGCAUGAACAUCGGAAACACAGUAUUUAUUAUGCAUUUGGAGGAUUGAUACAACGAUGUCCACUUUGUAAGGCACUUUACUCGGAAUAUGAUGGCUGUAACUUUGUGCAAUGUGCUAAUAUAAGAUGUAAGCAACGAUUUUGUUGGGUAUGCAAUGAGCCUACAGAAUCACUGCAACACUUCGCUGGUCGAGGAUGCAGACUUGGAUGGGAUGAUUUAUUCAAGAUUUGUUUCAUACUCAAAUUUUUGGCAUUCACAGAAGGAUGCUUCCUCAUCAUUUUUUUACCACUCGUUAGCACAACUUUAAUAUAUUUUGGACCGCUGUUAGUAUUGAUCACACUUCCUUAUCAAAUAAUUUCGUUGUUUCGAGAAUGCAUGCGUCGACUGAAUAAGCCACCGUGGGCGGUUACUACCUUGGCAGUCUUGCUGUAUCCGAUCAUGAUGUUAGCAUCAGUUCCGUUCGCUGUUGGUUCAUUGCUAUUUAUGAUACCGAUGUCAACUGCAUACUGCGUCAUAGCAGUCAUCAAAUGUAUUCCUGCCUUUUCACGAGCUUGCGAUAUUCUUUAUCUUUUGUCGAUGUUCGCUGGUUGUUUCGGCUUAGAUCAGUGGCGCACUAUUUUGAGGGAAAAUUAUGAAGCUAAUCGUCAACAUGAGGUAGAAAUUGCACAACAAGAAGCGGAAUUGAGCGAAAGUGUACAUCUCCUUUUCGAGACUCGUGUAAAAGUCAACCGUGUUGAGGACGAUGAGUAA